AUGAACACAUUGUUUAGCAAAAUUCUUGGAGCUAGGCGGCAGGGCACUAUGCAAGGCAUUAUGCUGAUGUCGGGUAGUUUAGCACGAACUGCUGGACCGCUUUUAGUAUCUUGGUUAUUCCAGGUGUACGGCCCCAUACCAGUAUGGGCGCUCGAGUUAGGCACUUUGGGAGUAACUCUUCUACUAUGGAUGAUUCUAUACCGCCGACUGGUACCCCUGCAAAUACCUCAGCUGGCGUGCGGAGAAUCUAUGAAGUACGCAAACGGAACCAAAUAUCGCAUGUGA